AUGGCGACCCACCAAUUUGGCAAAGGGCCGUUAGGAUCGAAAAAAAACCCUGGUCAUGGGGGCGACUGGGAGCAAACUUUACCCUUGGACAACCGAAAGACGCCACCCGUCGUAGUCGAGCUAAAAGAGGCUGCCACCCCCGUCUCAGUCAGACAGUACCCCAUGACUCAAGGGGCUAAAGAAGGCAUUCGACCACAUAUCCAGAGACUGUUACAACAAGGUAUACUGAUUCCCUGCCGGUCCCCUUGGAAUACCCCCCUUCUGCCGGUAUGUAAGCCUGGAACCAAUGAUUAUCGGCCUGUCCAGGACUUGAGCGAAGUCAAUAAACGAGUACAGGACAUUGACCCAACCGUGCCCAACCCUUACAACUUGCUGAGUUCCUUACCGCCUGAACGAUCCUGGUACACCGUUCUGGGUUUGAAAGAUGCCUUUUUCUGUCUCAGGUUACAUCCGAAUAGCCAACCCUUGUUCGCUUUUGAGUGGCAAGAUCCCGAAGGAGGACAUACAGGUCAACUGACCUGGACUAGGUUGCCACAGGGGUUCAAAAAUUCACCGACUCUUUUCGAUGAAGCGCUCCACUGUGACCUUGCGCCCUUCAGGGCACGGAACCCCCAGAUUUCUCUCUUGCAGUACGUAGAUGAUUUACUGCUCGCAGCCUUGACCCAGAUGUGCCUCGACAGGACCAGAAAGCUCCUAAAGGAAUUGGGUGAGUUGGGGUACCGGGUGUCCGCCAAGAAAGCCCAGUUAUGCCGCUCGGAGGUGACCUACCUAGGAUACACCCUCCGAGAAGGGAAGUGGUGGCUCACUGAAGCACGGAAAAAGACUGUGAGGCAGAUCCCGACCCCCACCACUCCGCGACAAGUACAUGAGUUUUUGGGAACUGCGGGUUUUUGUAGACUCUGGAUACCUAGGUUUGCCAUGCUGGCGGCCCCUCUGUACCCACUCACUAAAGAAAAAGUCCCAUUCACCUGGACGGAGGAGCACCAAAGAGUCUUUGAUAAGAUAAAGACUGCCCUGCUCACAGCUCCUGCUUUGGCCCUGCCAGAUCUGACUAAGCCUUUCACUCUAUAUGUUGAUGAGCGUGCUGGAGUGGCCCGUGGAGUUCUGACUGAGACCCUGGGGCCCUGGAAGCGGCCGGUGGCCUACCUAUCUAAAAAGCUAGACCCCAUCGCCAGCGGGUGGCCCUCUUGCUUGAAACCCAUUGCUGCAGUAGCCCUACUUGUAAAAGACACUGAUAAGCUCACCCUGGGUCAGCAUGUGACUGUAAUCACUCCCCAUGCUUUAGAAAGUAUUGUGCAGCAGCCCCCCGACCGCUGGAUGACAAACACCCGGAUGACACAUUACCAGAGCUUGUUGUUAAAUGAUCGGAUAACCUUCAUUCCUCCUGCUAUUCUCAACCCGGCCACCCUGCUCCCUGAAGCAGAGGACUCUACCCCGGUGCACCGAUGCACUGACAUCCUGGCUGAAGAAACCGGGACCAGGAAAGACCUGACCGACCAAUCUUGUCCGGGUGUGCCUAACUGGUAUACGGACGGCAGCAGUUUUGUGGUAGAAGGUAAAAGAAGGGUGGGAGCAGCGGUGGUGGAUGGAAAGCAGGUAAUUUGGGCUAGCAGUCUCCCAAAAGGAACCUCCUCUCAAAAAGCUGAGCUCCUGGCAUUGACUCAAGCUCUGCGUCUGGCAGAAGGUAAGGCUAUCAACAUUUACACGGACAGCCGUUAUGCUUUCACCAUGGCUCACAUUCAUGGGGCCAUCUACAGACAGAGGGGCUUACUCACCUCAGCAGGAAGAGACGUUAAAAACAAAGAAGAAAUCCUGGCCCUCCUAGAAGCCAUACAUCUUCCACAAAAAUUAGCCAUCGUCCACUGCCUGGGACACCAGAAGGGGUAUUGGGAGGUAGACUUCACUGAAAUUAAGCCAGGAAAAUAUGGUAAUAAGUACCUUCUAGUUUUUAUAGACACUUUUUCAGGAUGGUUGGAAGCCUUUCCCACCAAGUUUGAAACUGCUCAAAUGUUAACCAAGAAGAUACUGGAAGAAAUCCUGCCCCGGUUUGGGAUCCCCAAGGUAAUUGGUUCAGACAACGGGCCAGCUUUUGUUGCCCAGGUAAGUCAGGAGUUGGCUACCCAACUGGGGACUAAUUGGAAAUUACAUUGUGCUUACAGACCCCAGAGCUCAGGACAGGUAGAAAGAAUGAAUAGAACCCUAAAAGAGACCCUUACUAAAUUGGCUAUUGAGACCGGUGGCAAAGACUGGGUGACCCUCCUCCCCUUUGUGCUCUUUAGGGUCCGAAACACACCUGGACGUUUCAGCCUUACCCCUUAUGAAAUCCUACAUGGGGGACCGCCCCCCUUGACUGAGUCAGGCGGGAUAUUGGAUCCUUGCACUGACUCUCCCUCUUCCUCUGCUCUGUUUACCCACUUAAAGGCCUUAGAAGUUGUCAAAACACAGAUCUGGGAUCAGAUCAAAGAAGCCUACACUCCAGGGACCACC